AUGAUGGGAUGCUGGGUUUUGAAUGAGAGUCUCUCCAUCGUAUUAGUACUCUCAUGGCUGGGAGUGAAUUUAUAUCUAUUUAUUGAUACAUUCUAUUGGUACGAAGAGGAAGAGUCUUUCCUUUAUACGCGAGUUAUUCUGGGUUCGACACUGGCUUGGGCUCGCGCAUCAGCAGUGGGCCUGAAUUUUAACUGCAUGCUAAUUCUAUUACCCGUCAGUCGAAACCUUAUUUCAUUCAUGAGAGGGACAAGUACUUGCUUCAGAGGACCAUGGAGGAGGCAAUUAGACAAAAACCUCAAAUUCCACAAACUGGUUGCCUACGGAAUAGUCAUUAAUGCAACCAUCCACAUCGUGGCGCAUUUGUUUAACCUGGAACACUACCACUGGAGCCAGUCGCCAGAGGCAGAGGGACUGGUGGCUGCACUUUCCAAACUUGGUGACACCCCAAAUGAGACCUACCUCAACCCCAUCCGGACCUUCCACACAAACACAAUCGCUGAGUUGCUAACUACAAUCGCGGGCAUUACUGGCCUAUUGAUCUCUCUGGCUUUGAUCUUGAUCAUGACUUCUUCCACUGAAUUCAUCCGGCAGGUGUCCUAUGAAUUGUUCUGGUACACGCACCAUGUUUUCAUCAUCUUCUUUAUUGGUCUGGCUAUCCACGGAGCAGGGCGGAUUGUUCGAGGCCAAACCCCCGAGAGUCUCCUGCUGCACAACAUCACCUUCUGCAGAGACCACCUGGAGGAGUGGCAGGCCCAGUGCCCCGUGCCUCAAUUUUCUGGCAAGGAACCUUCGGCUUGGAAAUGGGUUUUAGGCCCCAUGGUCUUAUAUGCGUGUGAAAGAAUAAUUAGGUUCUGGCGAUUUCAACAAGAAGUUAUCAUUACCAAGGUGGUAAGCCAUCCAUCUGGAGUGCUAGAACUUUGCAUGAAAAAGCGUGACUUUAAAAUGGCACCAGGGCAGUAUGUGUUGAUCCAGUGCCCAUCCAUAUCCACACUGGAGUGGCACCCCUUCACCCUCACCUCCGCUCCCCAGGAGGACUUCUUCAGUGUCCACAUCCGGGCAGCGGGAGACUGGACAGAAGCUCUGUGUAAGGCCUUUGGAGUAGAAGGACAGCCCCUAAAAGAGCCCUGGAGCCUGCCAAGGCUGGCGGUGGAUGGGCCGUUCGGAGCUGCACUGACUGAUGUAUUUCACUAUCCAGUAAGCAUGUGCAUUGCUGCGGGAAUAGGGGUCACUCCCUUUGCAGCUCUUCUGAAAUCUAUCUGGUACCAAUGCUGUGAGGCACAAACCCAGUGCAAGCUGAACAAGGUGUACUUCUAUUGGAUUUGCAGAGAUCCAGGAGCCUUUGAGUGGUUUGCUGACCUCUUACUCUCACUGGAAACAAAGAUGAGUGAGCAAGGGCAAGCUCACUUUCUGAGUUAUCAUAUAUUCCUUACUGGCUGGGAUGAAAACCAGGCUUUUCACAUAGCUUUACAUUGGGAUGAAAAUGCUGAUGUGAUUACAGGAUUAAGGCAGAAAACCUUCUAUGGAAGACCCAACUGGAAUCAUGAGUUCCAGCAGGUCGCCUUCAGUCACCCCAGCAGCAACAUUGGCGUGUUCUUCUGCGGACCCAAAGCUCUCUCAAAGAUACUUCAAAGAAUGUGCCGCGUAUAUUCAUCCGCUGACCCCAGGGGCGUUCACUUCUAUUACAACAGAGAAAGCUUCUAG